AUGACUGAACCUAAGGUAGCUUCUAUUGAUUUUCAAUUAAUUAGUAAUUCUCUUAGAGAAAUUUAUUUUCCUUUUCAGAUCCGCUCCGAAUCUCUGCCACCGCAACAGCCAAUCUGCACUCUAGCCAUAUCCCUUCCGGAAUAUACUGGUGAAGCCCCACCUCCUCUUAUUCAGAAGGAUACAACACCAUUUGAGGUGAAGUACCAGGAAGCUUUGAAGAAGGAACUUCCUGAAUAUGUCCAUCAGAAUGUCCUAAAAGGCGUGGGAGCCGAUUGGCAACGAUUGGCACGAGCUUUGGAGCUUCCCCAUAGAGAUAUACAAUUUAUCCGCCAGAACUAUCCCGGAAAGGAAAUUCAUAACGUCCUGAAAAUUUGGAUUUACCUGAAGAAGGAAGAAGCGAGUCCUGAACGUUUGGAUAAUGCUCUACGUAGAAUUGGACGUGAUGACAUUGUUAGGAGCAUUGCACAUGGUGAGCCGGAUUCGUUGAGCUAUGGAAACGGUAGCGAUUCACCGUCAAGUAAAAGAUUUGAACCUGCAAAGCACGUGGAGCUGCCUGCAACUAUUCAUAAUUUGAUGUUCAACGUUUUCAGAACAUAUGAUGCAGUGCCAGCUUCACCGAAACGUAUUGAAGAGAAAGAACAACAAAAAGAACGAGAAAAACCAAUACCACCAGUGCCACCACCACGUCGUGACAAUCGAGAGGCUGUACGAGCUCCAGGUCACGAGGUUCACGAAUUCCGCCACGAGGAAGCCACCAUUGAACAUCCAGACAGGGAAGCUUCACCUGGUGGAUCCGCCGGUAUAGCGUACACUGCCAAGCUGCCAACAGCACAUGUAGCUGAACCAAUUGUUGAAGAACCGGAAACAACUCAGGUGGUACAACCUGAAGAAGAAGAAUCAGUAUCUGAGGUACGAACAGUUGUACGAACUGAACGACACGUUCAUGACACAGAAGAAGGCCCUAUCGUUGAGGAAAGGACCAUUACGACGACUUAUGAAGAUGAUGUAGCUGUCAAUGAACAUGUUGUGGAUCGAACAGUACCUCUGAAUGAUGAAGAGAAACAAAAAUGGGAAGAGCUGAAUCGUCUUGCUGGUCACAAAGCCUAUGUAGAAGAAGAACAAGAGCCAUUACCAGAAGGAAUGGCCCAAGAAGUUGAAACCGAAAAAUACACAGAACCUGAUGGAACAGUAGUGACGACGACUACAAUAACAAGUCAUUAUACUGCUCGUAAGUUCUAUUUUUUCGAAUUUUUGGUUUUUAUUUUCUGA